AUGCAAAAUCUUAUAAAAUUCAUCCUUCUUUCUCAUAUUAUUUUCAUAACCAUCAACUUUGCCACUGCCAUUACCUGUUACAACACAGGAAACUUUACAGCUAAUAGUAUCUAUGCCAAUAAUCGGUACCAAAUCCUCUCUUCUUUGGCUUCCAAUGUCUCUGCAAAUGGUGGUUUCUUGACCACCAGCAUCGGCCAAGAACCCGACAAAGUAUACGCUUUCGGGCUUUGCAGAGGAGAUGCUGCACCAGAGUCUUGUUUCAAUUGCAUCAACUCCACCAGUCAAGAACUCAUGGCGGGAUGUCCAAACCAGAAAGAAGCACUUUCUUGGGGAGUUCAUGGUCAAUGUCUUGUACGCUACGCGAACCGCUCUUUUUUCGGAAUACUGGAGCUAGAACCUAUGGAUGCUGGCUAUAAUAUUGCUGACAUAUCUUCAAAUAUAACAGAGUUUGAUCAGAUAUGGGAGGCUUUGAUGGAAAGGGUGAUUGACAGAGCUUCAAGCGGCUCUUCCAGGAUUAAGUAUGCGACUGAGGAAGCGAGACUGACUGAGUUUCAGAACAUAUAUGCUCUGAUGCAGUGUACUCCAGAUCUGUCUCAGAGUGACUGCACGUACUGCCUGAAACAAAACGUAGCAAGUUUUAAGAGGUGCUGCCAUGGAAAACAAGGAGGUUAUGUUCAGAGGCCUAACUGUAUUUUGCGGUGGGAUUUGUAUCCCUUUUAUAAUGCUUCUGCAUCUCCUCCAGCUCCAUCAUUGUCUCCUUCAUCUCCCUCUAGUAAUUCUCCUCCGGUGACAGCUCCAUCACUGUCUCCUGCAUCUCUUCUCAUCUAUGUUUUUGGUUUGUGGAUUUGUAUCCUUCUCGGUUUGCUAGAGAUGUAA